CUUAUCAUAACCAUAUAUAAACACCUAAAUUAAUAGGAGUUGGCACAGCUACAUUUGCCAACAACCUCAUCCUCCAUUAAAGCUUCUAGGAAUCCAAGAAAAAAUAAAUUUUCAACAGACAAAUUUGGAAGCUACCAAUUAAUCUUGUCUGAAAUAUGAAUUGUUUAUGUUUAUCCCAUUAUCCCACUUCUUCUUUUUUUUUUCUAACUUCAGUCCACAUAUCUUCUGGAUCUAGUUAAAGAUAAAUUAUCAAUGAAACUGCAGCUUGCUCAGCAAAAUUAUGAAUCAAGUAUUUCAAUCGUAUCUUAAGCCAGUCUAAAAUUCCAGUGUCAUAUUAAGUUUCAAAAAUCACCUCCUCUUUGUUCUUUCAUCCUAGUGUUGUUAUCUAAAAUGGAUCAAGAACAUCAAGUUGUGGUGGUUGUAGUUCCAUUACCAGCACAAGGUCACCUGAACCAAUUACUCCAUUUUUCCCACCUUGUAUCGGACCGUCAAAUUCCUGUUCACUACGUUGGUGCAGCGACCCACAAUCGCCAAGUGAAGACCCGAAUUCACGGUUGGGAUCCAUCUGCUACCUCCAACAUUCAUUUCCAUGAUUUUCUGAUUCCGUCGUUCCCAACACCUCCACCGGAUACAAAUGCGGCGAAUAAAUGGCCUAGUCAUCUCCUACCGAUGUUUGAAGCGACAGAUCAUCUCCGACAGCCGCUUGCUGAACUGCUGCAUUCGCUCUCACUGACCUGUCGACGCGUUGUUGUUGUUCAUGAUAAUGUCAUGAGCUUUGCUGCAAAAGAAGCUACAUUAAUCCCAAAUGGUGAAGCUUAUUCUUUCAAUAGUUGUUCAGCUUUUGGUGUUAUGUUUUUCAAAUGGGAAGCUCUUGGUAGACCUUCAUUUCCUGGUAUUGAAAGUAUAAAUCAAGAUUUGCUUCAGUUAUCAUUUGAAGAUUGUAUGACUUACGACUUCAUAAAUUUCAUUACUAAGCAUAUGGAAUUUUCAGAUCUUCAUGUAGGUGAAAUCUAUAACACAUGCUAUCCUAUAGAAGGUAAAUUCAUUGAUUUAGUUUCUCAAGAACCAUUUCUUAAGGCAGGCAACAAGCGAUGGGCAUUUGGACCACUGAACCCAGUAUCAGUGAAUUCCAACAGUGCCCAUAGAUGCUUGGAAUGGUUAGACAAACAAUCUCCAAAUUCAGUCCUGUAUGUUUCAUUUGGGACCAUGACAUCAAUAUCAGAUGAAGAAAUUACAGCAAUUGCAAUUGGAUUUGAAAAGAGUGAGCAAAAGUUUAUUUGGGUCUUGAGACAAGCAGAUCUAAGUGAUGUUUAUGCUAAUCAAGAUCAAGAGAUUCAAAUCAAAUUACCUGAAGGUUACGAAGAGCGGGUGAAAGGAGUUGGGAUGAUAUUAAGGGAUUGGGCACCACAACUUGAAAUUUUGGGACACUCGUCAACUGGAGGGUUCUUGACCCACUGUGGUUGGAACUCUUGUAUGGAAAGUUUGAGCAUGGGCGUGCCAAUGGCAGCUUGGCCUAUGCACUCGGACCAACCUAGAAACACAAUGCUGAUUACCCAGAUUCUGAAGGUCGGAGUUGUUGCUAGAGAAUGGGGAAAUAGGAAAGAAGUAGCUUCACCAACAGAGAUUGAAGAUGCCGUUAGGAAAUUGAUGGCUUCGGAUGAUGGGAAGGAUAUGAGGAAGCGCGCAGAGGAAUUAGGAGUUGCCAUUCGUGAAUCUGCAUCAAAAGAGGGAAAAUCUACUGCAGAAUUCAAUUCUUUUGUCUCCCACAUCUCUAGAGUUUAGACAGGAGUUGAUAAUCAUGGUUUAACUAUUGUUUUCAUUUCCGCAUGUUUUUUUUCUAUAAGUAAUGAAGAUUCUGUUCUUCUAUGUUAGUUCUGUUUUAAUACUAUAAUUGUAAAUGAAGUUCAGUAUCUUAGUAGUGUUUGGUUGGAGGAAUAAAAGAACUCCUAAAACACAUCUUAAGAGAAUCACAGCCAUACCUGUCAUAGAAAAAAACUUAUUCUCGCUGGCU